AUGGAUGACGAAUAUAAUUAUUGUGAGAUAUGCCCGGUUAACGUCAUCAGCCCGGUUACGGGAGAGUGUAGCCAAGUCAUAACAACCUAUGACCAAUUCAUGUUUACAAGAAGCUACGGUGGUAAAAAUGUCAUACCUCAUAACCUAUAUGUAAUUUAUCCUACCGUUGGGAGCACUCCUACUUGGACAUUUGAUCCGUUCCCUUCAAGUGUCGUCGGUGUGAUCGCGCUUUCAUCGUCCCCUUACGCGUUACCAGCGUAUUUACGCAAUCCGGUUAACCGAAUAAUAGCUCUAUGUUUGCCUAGCACCGUGUCCACUCCUGGCGUUCUUUUUCUUGGGAAUGGUCCUUAUUAUCUUAACCCUGAAUCUAAUGUUGAUAUAAGGAGUUUACUUUCUUAUACUGAGUUGCUGAAGCAUCCAAAGGCUUUUGGAUACUUCAUUGGUGUCAAUGCAAUUGUAAUUAAAAACAGAUCUAUAAAUGUUCCAGCGAACGCCACUACCAAGAUAAGCACACUUGACCCUUACACCAAGCUUCGGACCGACAUCUAUAAUGACGUUUUUCGAAGGUUUUCAAGGGUUACGAAACGAAUCCCACCUGCGAAGUUGGUUGCACCAUUUGGUCUUUGUUUCAACACCUCGGUUAAUGGUAUAAAAGUACCGGAUAUUGAUUUGGUUCUACAGGAUGGGAAGAAGUGGACUAUAUCAACCGCUAACUCCAUCAAGCAAGUGAUGGAGGAUGUCGCUUGCCUGGCGGUUGUCGACAAUGGUCCGACAAGUGAGCAUGCAAUCGUGGUUGGAACGUAUCAGUUUGAGGAUAACUUUCUUUUGUUUAAUUUGGAGAAUUCGACUUUUGGGUUUAGUUCCUCGUUGCUACAUAGACAUACCUCAUGUUCAAAUUUCAACUUUACUGUCGAUCAAUGA